GCUGGCCCGCCGGAGGGGCAAUUAUCCCCCUCUGGGCGGGCGGCUGACGUGGCCGCUCGUGGGCUCCCCCGCGGGGCGCGCGCCGCCCCAUAAGUAGCCAGGACUCGGCGGGGAGGAGCACGAGGCGAGCCGACUGCCACCUGUACCUCGCAGCUCCCGCAGCCGCCCCUGCCGCGGUCGCUGUCCAGCCGGCUCCGAAGCAUGCAGUGAGAGUCCGUCCGGCCCGAGCCGAGCCCGCCGCCCGCCGCCCGCCACUCGCCGCCCGCCGCCCGCCGCCCGCCCGCAGCCAGCCCGAGCCGGGCCCGCCGCCCGCCAGCUGCGUCCUAGCAGUCUCCUAGCAGGUCUCCUAGCAGGUGCCCUGCACUCCGAGCUCAAGAUGCAGAGGUGCAGUCGGAGCCUCCUCUUGGCCUCCCUCAUCCUGUGCGUCACCCUGUCGGAGACCCUGGGCCUCGUGCUCUCCGCCAAGGAAAAGCGAGGCUGGACUUUGAACAGUGCUGGUUAUCUCCUUGGGCCACGAAUUCAAUACGACCCCACUGGCCCUGCUCGAGGAAGAGGCUCCCAACUCUUUCCCUCUUUGCUUGACUCAAUAGAUGCGGUAGACAACCACCGAUCAUUCAAUGACAAGCACGGCCUCGCUGGCAAACGGGAGGUCCAGGAUGAGGAUGGCAUGAAGCCAGGAAACUCGGAAUUGUCCAUGGCUGAUGAAAACAUUGUGCGUACAAUACUUGAGUUUCUGACAUACUUGCAUCUCAGAGAUGCUGGGGCCCUUGAUAAAAUCUCAGUCUCUUCAGAAGAAACAAAUGAAUCCUGAGAGAAUGUGUUUGAUUUUUGUCUGUGAUUGUGUGUUUUAAGAUUAAACUUUACAGAGGGCAUGGACAGAAUGGAGUUCGAAGUACAGUGGUUUGCAGUAAUCUACAAACUUAACAUAUUGUAAACUCUUCCUGUCUCUUCUGCCCUUACUGAUGUGAUGUUAGAAUCCAACAUUUUGUUUCAUAAAUAUUUUACUUUGUGUGAUCAAAUAAAAAAUAGCAGUUGA